AUGGAUCCAUCGACCCGCCGGCGCAGGGGCAGAUCCAGGUCGGAGCAGUCCACCAGCUCCGAUGGUUCAGAUUCUUGUUCGGAUUCAGACGAUUACGAUACUACCGACAUCGCUGUAUACAAGGCGUACGAAGAGAAGGAGAUGACCGAUGAUGCUUCGGGAACCCAGGCUGCAAGGAGAAGCCUCGAGCCAUCUGUGGUGUGGGCAGCCAGCGUUUUUGACGUCGGUGCACAGAAGCGCCGCGAUAAGAAAAAACCCGUUGCCAUCUACUACAGCGAUUCCCCUCAUGAGAUAUCAAUCUUCACUCCGGACAAGAACGGCCUGCAGGACAGCUCUACCGACUCUGGAAGGCAACGAUACGACGACGGAAGCGUCCGUCCGAGUUGGAGUGGCCGUGUCUUCGAAGUAUCCUGUAAUGCGCUUGCACAUUUGCCGCACGAGCAAAAGCCAGGCUGGCCCCGCCUCGAGGACGCCCAGGUCGAGAUGCUCAAGUUCGAAAAGAUCUCCUCGAGCUCCAUCGUUGUCAAGUCCCCUUUCUUGUACUCUGGACUCAGAGCUCUUGCGAGGUACUACCCGUCAUUUUGGGGACAGCCUGCUGGGGAUCUUUUAAACCAGCAAGCAACGCGAGCAGCAGACGUCUCCGGGGAAAUAACCAUUCAUGAACCAUGGGGAUUCUUACUACACCACUUCAUGGAAAUGGAGGCUUUCAUUCAAAGCACAAGUGAGGAUUCCCCCUGGAUAUCCGCCAAUGCAAGCGCGGCCGAGAAAGACGCCUUUCAACUCGAAAGGGAACAUAUACAGCACCUGUACGACUUCGUAAAACCCCGAUACGAGGCCCAGGUCCUGCCUUGUACCAAACUUCUAGAGGCAACACCGCCGAAAAUGAUACCAUUUGACAUGCUCUGGUAUGUCUUUGCGCCCGGUACCGACGUCUACUUGCAGCAAACCGGUUUGCUGCCCCAAGUCUGCGUGGUCACAAGAGUCUCGAGUGACCUGGACGACGAGGGUUCCCAUGGUUCGAGGUUCUCUCAAAGACGCCGUGAAUACUGGAACCUGGAACUAUGGUACCUCGACAGUGAUGGACAGAGUAUUACCAGGAGAUCGAGAACAUGCCGCAUCCGGACUUAUCCAGGGGUCGAAGAGCUGAUAUGCCUUGACGUAUGCCCAGUCGACGUGUGGGAUAAACAUGAUAACUUCGGAUGA